UCAUUGGCCGCGGCGAGGGCGCUGCCAUGUUGGAGGAAGCGGUGCCUUCUGUGAGGUGGAAACGCCGUGGCUUCACCCAUAGCGUUGGGGAGCGCAGCCUCCUACCUUUCCUUCUCGCUGGAGUGUUGGUGCUGAGAGGCGGCGGCCGGCGGGAUGGAGAGAAGUAGGAUGAACCUGCCCAAGGGGCCGGACACGCUCUGCUUCGACAAGGACGAGUUCAUGAAGGAAGAUUUUGACGUCGAUCACUUUGUGUCUGACUAUAGGAAGCAUGUCCAGCUGGAGGAACUAAGAGGAGAUCUGGAACUCUACUAUAAACUUCUUAAAAUAGCCAUGGUGGAGCUCAUCAACAAGGAUUAUGCAGAUUUUGUCAACCUUUCCACAAACUUGGUUGGCAUGGACAAAGCCCUCAAUCAACUUUCUGUGCCUUUGGGACAGUUACGAGAAGUUCUGCGUAUAGCCCACAUUACGGCCAUGCUGCAGCAGUCCCUGGGAGGCCUGCUGCUAGAAGGGCUUCAGACUUCCAAUGUGGACAUCAUAUGGCACUGCCUCCGGACUUACGCUACAAUUGACAAGACACGGGAUGCAGAGGCGUUAGUCGGUCAAGUACUGGUGAAACCGUACAUGGAUGAAGUUGUGCCCCAUGCACCUCAUUCCGGAAGUACUUUAUGCUUCCGUGUCGUUAAAUGA